AUGAAUCCAAGAAGAAAGCGACUGAAAACUACUGUAUCUCAACAUGUUUUACAAACAAUCGAAGACAUUCGUCCAGUUAAUCUUUACAUCAGAAAGAAGUUGAAGAAUAAUUCUAGUCCAAAAAGCCAUAUUUGUCAAUUAGAAAACAAAUUUGAAGAAUUAGAUGCUCAAAAACGUCUAAAAUACAUACAAAAAAGUAUCGAUCGUUUUAUUCAAUUAUUGGACGACAAUGACGUCUGCUUGAGUGCACAACGAGACGAAGAUCUGUUUAGCCUGCUCUUAAAGCCUGGUGAACGGACGAUUUAUUUCAGAAAUCAUUUGAAAGCACCAAGUCUUCCUCCAUGUAAUUCAAAAAUGUUAUACAUUCAUUUGAUGAAACAAAAAUACAAUGAUAAAUUUGAUAGAGACAAAUGCAUAUUAAAAUGGCAUCAAUUAGAUGAAAAAAUUCGAAAAGAGUAUGAACAGUUAACGGAUGAAGUACAUAAUAAAUAUGAUAGAGAUAUGUCCAAAUUUUCCAAUUUUUUGCCUAAUAGAAUUGCUGAAGACUAUUUCAUUUAUGCUACAGCGAUUGAAAACUCAUUUAUGGACGAUGAUAUGGAUUUUGUUGAGAGUAGUGUUUUGAACACAGAAGAAAUUACGUCAAUUUUACAACAAUAUACUCCAAGUGUAUUAUAUGAAAAAAAAAUGAAACAAGAAUACUUAUUCAACGAAUUAAAGAAUGAAGAACAAAUAAAAUGGAUACAAAAAUCGCUUAAAAAAUGGCGAAAAUUCUUGAAAAAAUAUCCGUAUGUUAUUGAAGAACGUACGCCAACAUUAAAUCAUAUUUUAAAUUCAAAUGAAAUAUUGACAUAUUUUUAUACUAUUGGUUUACCUAAAUCAUCGUCCUUAGAUAAUGAUCUUAAUCAACUAAAAUGCACAUGUAAAGAUAACCUAUUAUAUCUACAAAACUUAGUUAAAUUUAUCGAAAUUGAUUUGAAGGAUGAACAGUAUUUAAAAUUUGAAUUGUUUACAAAUUUUGAAGAUAUUAAAAAACACUAUAAACUCGCCACUGCACUUGAACAAUUUCGAUUAACACUAACAAUCGAUCAAAUACAUCUCAUGGGAAGAAUAAGAAGAUUAAGGCAACAAUAA